AACAUGUUCGCGACGUCCAUGUCCAACGCGCCCUGCGCGAACCCGGCCAUCUUCUGCGCUUCCUGGUGCUGCUUCCCCUGCCUCAACUACCACCUCCGGUCCAAGGCCAUCGAGGACAUGAACAACUACAUCUGCUGCCAGGGCUACGCGAACUACUGCUGCUUCAAGGCCGGCUCCAUCGGCGACCAGGGCAACCCGCUCUGCCUCUUCCUCGAGUCGUGCUGCUGCCCGGGCCUGGCCGUGAGCUCGACGCGCCAGUUCGUCAUGGACAAGUACGACCUCGCGAGCGACCCCUGCGACCGGAAGAUCAUGCACUGCAACAUUUUCAUCCAGACCCUCGCCUGCAUCUGCAACAUCCUCGCGUUUUUCAUCGAGGAGCUCAGGUGCGUCGCCCAGGCCCUCGACUGCUUCGCGGACAUCGUCUUCUGCACCACGAUGGGGUGCAUGAACGCCCAGGUCGACCUCGAGCUCAAGAAGCGCAUGGGC